AUGAAUCAAUGCAUCAAAUAUUUCAGUGCUUUAAAUUUAAUUAAUUUAGCAAAUCAUAUAGUCGGAAACAAGCUUGUUAAUACUAGAGAUUCAAAUUUUGAAGCUAGUUUCGAACAAUUGUUCAAAUGGAGGUCUCUUAAAUAUGGCUUUCAAGAGGCUAAGGUUAGCAACAAACCGAUAUUUUUGCUGAUAUAUAAACUACAGUGUCCUUCUUGUCAAAAAUUAAAACAGAAUUUUUCAAAGUCUGUACGGUUGAUGGAUCUUAGUGAUCGGUUUAUAAUGAUAAAAGCGGACAUGGAAAAUGAUGCAAUUUUAAAUAAAAAAAUGUUUCAACCAGAUGGAAAAUAUGUCCCUAGAAUAUUAUUUUUUACGUCUGAUGGCAAUUUCAUCGAAGAAGCCUACAACAAGCAUGCAGAUGCUGAUACGGAAUACAAAUAUUUUUACAAAAAUCCCUCGCAAGUUAUAAACACUAUGUUAUUUGUUUUGAAAAAUUAUUCUAAACAGCCAUUGCCAGUAAUGUUUGAACAAUCGUUAAAACUGGAAAGCAACAAUAUAAAAGAUGAUAUUCUUACUCCGACCAUAUCAUAG